CUCUCUCUCUCUCUCUCUCUCUCUCCCUCUCCUCACUGGCUGCACAACAUCAGCCGGCUCUCUAGGUAGACUCGAGUAAACACUGAGAGAGAACAGAGAGAGGAGGGAAGAUGACAGAGCUGUCAGCGCUCUGAAUGAUACAAACUGCUGAGAACAUUAGUCAGGCUGGCUGAUAAGACGCUCUUCAGCUCUUCUGCCUACAUUUUCUAAUCAGUGGAGAAGCUGUGAGCAUUGUGUGUGAGGACAUAGGACAAGAGCACCUAUUUGAUACCUGAAUAGACUCUGGACUGCACUCAGCUGUUUCUUCCUCAGAAGCCGCCGUAUCAGGGUGCCAUCAUGGGGAUGAAAGGCUUCCUCCUAGGCUGUGUGACCGUGGCCCUGCUCCUCCAGCUCUCCACUGCUGGCCUGGUCAAGAAUGUCAUCCGCCACCGUAGAGAAGCUCUGAUGCCUAAGAAAACCCAGGAGAACCUGACCCUGCCCCACCCCGACCAGCCGGUGGUGUUCAACCACGUCUACAACAUCAACGUGCCCUCCUCGUCCCUCUGCUCCGUGGACCUCGACUCGCCCGGAGACACCGAGCUCAAACAAAAGGGUGCCCCGAUGGACAUGCAGAACACGGAGCACAUGGAGCAUACAGUGGAUGGCGACAAUCAGAUCGUUUUCACCCACCGCAUCAACAUCCCCAAGCAGGCGUGUGGCUGCGACAACCAGCUGCCCAACAUCAAAGACAUCCUGAACAGGCUGGAGAUGCUGGAGUCAGAGCUGUCCAGUCUGAGAGAGCAGUGCGGCAGCGGGACGGGCUGCUGUGGCGCUCAGGUUACAGGUGAAGUGUCCACUAAGCCCUACUGUAAUGGCCGAGGGAACUGGAGCACUGACACCUGCAGCUGUGUGUGUGAGCCUGGAUGGAAAGGCCCCAACUGCACUGAUCCCGAGUGUCCCAACGACUGCCAGGACCAAGGUCGCUGCAUGGAUGGCAAAUGUGUGUGCUUUGAAGGUUUUGGUGGGGACGACUGUGGCAUUGAGCUCUGCCUGCUGGACUGCGGGGACUAUGGCCACUGUGUGGACGGGUCCUGCCUCUGUGAGGAGGGCUUCAUCGGCGAGGACUGCACCCAGACCAACUGCCUCAACAACUGCCUGGGCCGCGGACGAUGCGAAGACGACGAAUGUGUUUGCGACGAGCCGUGGACGGGAUUCGACUGCUCCGAACUCAUCUGUCCCAACGACUGCUUUGACCGCGGACGCUGCGUCAACGGCACCUGUUACUGUGAUGAAGGCUUCACUGGAGAAGACUGCGGUGAGCUUACUUGCCCCGGCAACUGUAACAACCGUGGUAUGUGCGUAAAUGGCCAGUGUGUGUGCCAGACUGGCUACAGCGGAGAGGACUGCUCGAAGCUCACCUGUCCCAAGAACUGCGACAACAGGGGCCAUUGCUUCAAUGGGAAGUGCAUCUGUGAUCCAGGAUUCGAGGGCGAAGAUUGCUCCAUCAUCUCGUGUCCUGACAACUGCAGCAACAAGGGCCAGUGCAUCAACGGAGAAUGUGUGUGUGACAUAGGAUACCAAGGGGAAGACUGUAGUGAGCUCUCCUGCCUGAACAACUGCCAAAACCACGGUCGCUGCAUUAAUGGACAGUGUCUGUGUGACAAAGGCUACGCUGGGGAGGACUGCAGCACCAAGACCUGUCCAAAAGACUGCAUGGGACGUGGAGAGUGCGUGGACGGCAAAUGCAUGUGCUUCGUCGGCUUCACUGGGAAAGACUGCGGCGAGCUGACCUGCCCCAAUGACUGCCUGGACCGAGGUCACUGCGUCAACGGACAGUGUGUUUGUCAUAAGGGUUUCACUGGUGAAGACUGCAGUGAGAAGACGUGUCCCAAGAACUGUCUGGAUAGAGGGUACUGCGUCAACGGGGGCUGUGUGUGUUAUGAAGGUUUCACCGGGCCGGACUGCUCCGUGCUGACCUGCCCAGAAGACUGCCAGAACCAGGGACACUGUGAGAACGGAGUAUGUGUUUGUGACGAAGGCUUCAUUGGCGAGGACUGCUCUGAGGUGUCAGCACCCAAGGACCUGACAGUGGUGGAGGUCACCCCAGAGACAGUAGACGUGUCCUGGAAAAACGAGAUGCGUGUGACGGAGUACCUGAUCACCUAUGUGCCAACGGCCCUUGGAGGUCUGGAGCUGAACAUGCGGGUCCCUGGGGACCAGAAGAUGACCACAAUUCGGGAGCUUGAGCCUGGCGUAGAGUACCUGAUUAGCGUCUUUGCCAUCCUCAACAACAAGAGGAGUCUUCCUGUCAGUGCCAGGGUGGCUACACAUCUGCCAGAGCCUGAGGGACUUAAGUUUAAGUCAGUGCGGGAGACGUCAGUGGAGGUGCAGUGGGACCCGUUGGACAUUCCCUUCGAUGGCUGGAACCUCAUCUUCAGAAACACAAAAGAGGAAGAUGGUGAGAUUCUUAACUCGCUCGGCCGUCCAGAGACCACCUUUGAGCAGUCGGGCCUGGGCCCUGGCCAGGAGUACGAGGUCAAGCUGGAGGUUGUGAAGAACAACAAGCGUGGACCGCCUGCCUCCCAGAACGUCGUCACAAUGAUCGAUGCUCCCGGCCAGGUGGAUGUGCGUGACGUGACGGACACCACAGCCCUGGUGACCUGGUUCCAGCCCGUGGCGGAGGUGGACGGGGUCAUCAUCUCCUACGGGCCGAGCUCUAACGCUGCCGACCGCAGCCUGGUGGAGCUGUCCUCCACUGAAACCCAGUACCACCUGGGAGGCCUUCACCCCGACACCCAGUACGAGGUGUCUCUGUCUGCUCGCAAGGGAGAGCGGAGCAGCGCUCCUGUCUACGAGUCCUUCCUCACAGACCUGGAUGCUCCCAGAGACCUGCAGACGGUGGAGCUGACAGAUGAGAGCAUCACUCUGGAGUGGAAGAACAGCCAGGCUCCAGUGGACAACUACCGCAUCAAGUAUGGACCUCUGUCUGGAGGAGAGCACGGAGAGCUGCUCUUCCCCCCGGGACCCAAGGACACCACCCAGGCCAAACUCACAGGCCUGAGACCUGGCACAGAGUACGGGAUGGGUGUGACCGCAGUGAAGGAUGAGCGGGAGAGUCUGCCAACGACCACCAACGCAGUCACCGCCCUGGAUGCUCCCAAGGACCUGACGGUAGCGGAGGUGACAGAGACCACCAUGAUGGUGGAGUGGAAGCGUCCCCUGGCCAAACUGGACUCCUACAGACUGGUUUAUGUAUCUGCUGACGGCCACAGGGUGGAGGAGGUGGUCCCAGGCAGCUCUGAGUCUCACAUCCUGAGAGCCCUGACACCAGGCAUGCUGUACACCAUCAGCAUCACUGCUGAGAGGGGCCGCAGGACCAGUGCACCCACCACCAUCUCAGCACCCACAGAGGAGGAGAAGCCUGUAGUGACCAACGUCACCAUCAGCGACGUGUCGUGGGACAGCUUCCUCCUGUCCUGGUCCGCCGACAACGACAAGUUUGAGGGUUUUCUGAUUGAGGUUACUGAUGCAGAGACGGGCGCUGAGUGGCAAAACCACACAGUUCCCGCCGAUACUCGCACCCUCGCCAUCUCUGGCCUCUCCCCCACCACCUGGUACAGGGCCAACCUGUACGGGGUGUACAGGGGGGCCCUCUUAGUCCCGGUCUUUGCAGAGACCAUCACAGAGGCUGAACCAGAGGUGCAGGCUCUCCUAGUGUCCGACGUCACCCCCGAGAGCUAUAGGCUGGCCUGGAUGGCCGAAGAGGAGGCCUUCGACACCUUUGUCAUAAUGAUCGGCCAGGCUGAGGGCCAACACCAACCUACAGAGCUGGUGCUGGGUGGCGAGGAGCGAAGCACAGCCAUCACAGAUCUCACAGAGGACACAGAGUACACAAUUGAAAUCUUUGGGCUCAUUUUGGGAAGACGCUCCAAGUCUGUAACGGAGCGGGUGAGAACAGACCUGGGCUCACCUAAGGGACUCCGCUUCUCUGAUGUCACCGACACGUCCGCCACAGUUCACUGGGUGGUCCCCAGAGCUCGAGUGGACAGCUACAGGGUCACUUAUAUGCCUGCUCAUGGAGGUAACGCUAAGACGCUGACCGUGGACGGCUCCGAGUCUCAGACUGUGUUGCCCAACCUGACCCCCGGGGUCACCUAUGAGGUCACCGUGGUUGCAGUCAAGGGACAGAGGGAGAGUGAGCCUGGAUCAGACAGCGUGACCACAGCUCUGGAUAAGCCUCGUGGUCUGACUGCAGUCAACAUCACAGACACUGAAGCGUUGCUGCUCUGGCAGCCGGCCAUCGCUACUGUAGACGGCUACGUCAUCACCUACAGUGCAGACUCUGUGGCUCCAGUGAUGGAGCGCGUGUCAGGAAACGUGGUGGAGUUUGAGAUGAGCUCUCUGACGCCAGCGACUCACUACACUGUGAAGGUCUACGCUGUGAGGGACUUAGCCAAGAGCGCUGCCACCACAACUGAGUUUACCACUGAUGUGGACGCCCCUCAGGACCUGGCAGCCAGUAACAUCCAGACAGAAAACGGUCUGCUGACCUGGAAACCACCUCGUGCUGACAUCACUGGAUACAUCCUGAGCUUUGAGUCAGCAGACGGCACCGUCCGUGAGGUGGUGCUGAGCCCCAACGCUGUCUCCUAUAACAUGGCUCAGCUCAGCGCCUCCACAGAGUACUCCGUCAGGCUGCAGGCCAUCGCUGGUCCAAAGAGGAGCAGAGUCAUCACCACGGUCUUCACCACCACUGGCGUGCUGUACAGACACCCCAGGGACUGCUCCCAGGCCCUGCUGAAUGGAGACACCACAUCAGACCUGUACACCAUCUAUUUGGGUGGAGAUGAGAACCAGCCGAUCCAGGUCUACUGUGACAUGACCACUGAUGGAGGUGGAUGGAUUGUUUUCCUCAGACGGCAGAACGGUAAACUGGAGUUUUUCAGGAACUGGAAGAAUUACACGGGAGGCUUCGGUGACAUGAAUGAUGAAUUCUGGCUUGGUCUUUCCAACAUGCAUAAGAUCACAGCUGGAGGUCAGUACGAGCUGCGAGUGGACCUGAGAGAUAAAGGAGAAACAGCUUACGCUCAGUACGAUAAGUUCUCUGUGUCUGAACCUCGGACCCGCUACAAAGUCCACGUAGGAGGAUACAGUGGAACAGCAGGUGACUCUAUGACCUACCACCACGGCCGUCCAUUCUCCACUUACGACCAUGACAACGACAUCGCCGUCACCAACUGUGCCCUGUCCUAUAAGGGAGCCUUCUGGUAUAAGAACUGCCACCGUGUCAACCUCAUGGGACGAUAUGGAGACAACAGUCACAGCAAGGGAGUGAACUGGUUCCACUGGAAAGGCCAUGAGCACUCGAUUGAGUUCGCUGAGAUGAAGAUCAGGCCAUCCAACUUCAGAAACCUGGAGGGAAGGAGGAAACGAUCAUAAACCAUCCACCCCAACAACAACAACAACAACAACAACAACACCAACACCACCAACAACACUGCUACUACUCUGUCUGGACUCCCCAUCAACCACCUCAACUCCCACACCCACACACCCUGCAGCAACCAAAGCCACUGCCAAGAGCCCCGCUGCCUCCACACAAACCAACACCCCCCACCCCAUUGGCUCACAGAUCAGCCUCCACUCCAUAACCCCCCCCCCCCCCCUGUGAUACGGUUUUGGAAAUGCUGCCAGUGCGGAAAUCGAAAGUGCAUGUUACAAACUGGACUUAAAGCAAGCCCACACAGAUUUUACUCAUGCACCAAAGAGAGUAAAAACAACUCCACGUCACCUGAUUCUGAUCCUGUGUUGCAGCAUUUGUGGGGAGGCGACUGUGCAGCUUGGGCAUUAUGUCGUGUACAGUAAUUAAUACAGUUCCAUAUUUCACGUUUGGGGUUUCACAGAAACAACAGGUUGUUUAUAGUACAAUGUGGUCUUGUUUAGUUUCAGGGCCUCUUUGCUAAAAAGCGAUAAUAGAGUGAUAAUUCAUGGGGAUUAUCAUCAUAGAAAGUCUAUUCCUUGUACAGAACUGUACACAAAUACAUCUGAUUUAAACAUUUGAAAAAGGGAUUUUCCUCAGAUGGCACUGCUCAGAUGUCAGAUAUGUCCAUCUAACUUGCCACUUGUUUGUCUUUGUGCUUAAAAUCGUCUCAGUGUCACUUUAUCCUCCCCAGGUUCCCUCCUCUCCUGCAACAUCAACAUCUGAUGUGAUAGAGAUGGAAAUCAAAAGACAAAAAAAAAAUGUAUGGAGAAGUAUUUUACCAACCACAU